CUGGCACGUCGCGAGCGACUGAGGAAGGCGAAACGCGACGUCUCUACACCUGGCUUGCUCCCGUGGCGGUUCCUUUGCUCAGGCCGGAGCCGCUGGAUGAGAGCGACGACCUGCUCUCGCUCGCUUAAGCUUUACGCUGGGAACUGACUCGGCGGCGGCGACGGCGACGGCGAAGGAAGGGGGAUGGAAGGGGCGGCUUGGCUCCCAGGCGGCCGCGGUAGGGGCAGGGCCAGAACUGGAGCCGGCGGCGUCCCCACAGGCAACGGACCCGGCGGCCGGGGAAGGGCAAGAGGAGUAGGAGGCAUUUCACCGGUCGUCGCGUCUAAGAGCAGCGUACUGGGCGCCAGUGAAAUAUCUUCUCAGAAAAAAUUUGAUGAAAUUAAGAAAGCUAACCAAGCUGCAGCUAAAAAACUUGUUGAAGAUCAGUUUAAUUCCUCAUCUGAAGAAGAGGAUGAAGAUAUUGAAGGAAAACAUGGAAAAAUAUUGGCCAAAACAUUUACAACUUAUACUAAUCAGACUGAUGGAGAUGCAAGUGAAUUGGAACGCACAAGACAGUACAUGAAUGAUGCUUUUCAAUCUGGGGCAAUGACAUGCUUGAUUUGUAUUGCUUCUAUUAAGAGAAACCAAGCUGUCUGGAGUUGUUCUGGAUGUUUCUGCAUAUUCCACAUGCCAUGCAUUCAGAAGUGGGCUAAGGACAGCCUUUUCCUAAUAUCUUCUCCCUUGACAGAUGAUGAUUUUGGAAAAAAGGAUUAUCCAUGGCCAUGUCCAAAAUGCAGGUUUGAGUACAAGCGGGCUGAGACUCCAACACGCUACUAUUGCUACUGUGGAAAGGUGGAGGAUCCACCAUUGGACCCUUGGCUGGUUCCUCAUUCUUGUGGCCAGGUGUGUGAGAGAGAGUUCAAGCCUCCUUGUGGGCACAGGUGCCUACUUCUUUGCCACCCAGGUCCUUGUCCACCUUGUCCAAAGAUGAUCACAAUAACCUGUUACUGUAGGAAGGCCAAGCCUGUGCCACGGAGAUGCAGCACAAAAGAAUGGUCCUGUCAGCUUCCCUGUGGACGGAAACUUCCAUGUGGACAACACAACUGUGAGAAACCUUGUCAUCCAGGAGACUGUCAGCCCUGCCCAAGAGUCAGUAAGCAAAGUUGUGUCUGUGGUAGACAAGUCACAGAAAGACUUUGUGCGAGUCCUUUGUGGCACUGUGAUCAGGUUUGUGGCAAAACAUUGCCUUGUGGUUAUCAUGCCUGUGAACAGAUAUGUCAUGGUGGCCCCUGUGGGGAAUGUCCGCGAUCUGGAAAAAGGUCUUGUCCAUGUGGAAAAUCAAAAUUUUCUUUACCAUGUACGGAGGACGUGCCUCCCUGUGGAGACAGCUGUGACAAGGUUCUUGAAUGUGGGAUCCACAGAUGUUCACAGCGCUGCCAUCGAGGCCCCUGCGAAAUCUGUAGACAGGAAGUUGAAAAACAAUGCCGCUGUGGAAAGCAUACAAAGCAAAUGCCUUGCCAUAAGCCAUACCUUUGUGAAACCAAGUGUGCAAAAAUUCGUGACUGUCAAAAACACCAGUGCAAGAGGAAGUGCUGUUCGGGAAACUGUCCACCUUGUGACCAAACCUGUGGACGAACUUUAGGAUGUCGAAAUCACAAGUGUCCUUCUGUCUGCCACAGAGGUAGCUGCUAUCCAUGUCCUGAGACUGUGGACGUGAAGUGUAAUUGUGGCAAAACUCUUCUUAAAGUACCCUGUGGCAGAGAACGUACCACCAAACCCCCCAGGUGCAAAGAACUGUGCAGGCAGCCACCUACCUGCCAUCAUCCUUGUCGAGAGAAACACAGUUGCCACUUUGGCCCUUGUCCUCCAUGCCGUCAGCCCUGCAAGAAAAUCUUAGAGAACUGUGGUCACUUUUGCCCUGCUUCCUGCCAUGAUGAGGCACUUGUGAAACAAGCUGGCUUGCAUCAGCCAGCAGGCCCCUGGGAACAGUCAACUGAGCCUGCUUUUAUUCAGACAGCAUUACCUUGUCCUCCAUGUCAAGUCCCUGUUCCAACCCAAUGCCUUGGGAAACAUGAGAUAACUCCAUUGCCAUGUCAUACUGCAAGACCCUUCUCAUGUAAAAGAGUUUGUGGAAGACUGCUUGAUUGUCAGAAUCAUACUUGCAUGAAAGAGUGUCAUAAAAUUACUGAAACAGAUAAUGACAAUGAUGUCCAAAAGGCAAGUCAAGAAUGCUCUCAGUGUGAAGAAGAAUGUUCCAAGCCACGGCCACCUGGAUGCCCUCACCCAUGUCCUCUGCCUUGCCAUCCUGGAGAAUGCGCACCAUGUGCCCAAAUGAUCCGGAUGAAAUGUCACUGCAAACUCACAAGCCUUUAUAUUGAAUGCAUAAAAGUUAUCUGUGCUGAUUUAAAGGAAAAAGAUGAACUGAGUUCAUGCAAAAAUCAGUGCCCCAAAGAGUUAUCCUGUGGUCAUCGAUGUAAGGAGCUCUGUCAUUCAGGUGACUGUCCUCAGAACUGCAAUCAAAAGGUCAAAGUUCGGUGUCCUUGCAAGAGACUCAAAAAGGAGCUGCUGUGCAGUAAGGUUCAGGAAGGCCAGGUUUCCUUAGAAUGUGACACAAUAUGCAAGGAAAUGAAGCAGAAAGCUUCUGAGAUGAAAGAGGCAGCAGCUAGAGCUGCCACUGAAGAGGAAAAACGAAGGCAACAGGCUGAACUAGAAGCUUUUGAGAACAGGUUAAAAGGACGGCGGAAGAACAAGAGGAAAAAGGAUGAAGUUGAAGUUGAACAAUCUUUAUGGCAAAAAUAUAAGAACAUGAUUGUCCUGCCAGUAUGUGGAGCUGCCGUUGUAAUGGUUGCAUGGUUCAUAGCCUACCAUGACUGAAACAUUAAUAUUCAUUUCCGAUCACCUCGAAAUGAUUAUCCAGCAGCUAACUGGUAAAAUGUGUGAUGGCAUAAGUCAUUUAAUGUUCAGUUGUGUUUACAAUAAUUUUCCUCUGUUCAUUGAGUAGAAAAACAACAACAACCCCAGUCCUUAUACUUACCCCAAAAUCAAUUUAAAAUAUUCUGUAGGUGGACAUGCUAUGCCAGUAUUCUGCCAGGUUCUUUCAAAUGCCUCAUUGUGUGAGAGGCAGCAAGUACUGUUCUAUAAGCAUCCAUAUUUCAUGUUAGGUGUAAGGAUUCCUGUGCAUGGUUUAUGUAGUUAUUUUUAAUGGUCUCAUGGUGGAUGGAGGAAACAGGUAACUUGAUACUGUAACAGAUGUCCAUACUCACUAGCUAUCAAAGGAUGCAUGAAACUUGAAUCUUACAGGAGUCACUGUAUGCACAGCCCCAAUAUUAGAUGCAGUUGCUUUAGCACACACACAUGUCAUACACCUUCCUGUAUACAGAAAACAACCUGUCUGACUCAGAGACCUUGUAUCCAAUGCAAGAACUUCAUCUUAGCUGAGUUGUGGAUGAGGCUUCUAGCUAGAUAGAAGUCAAAUAUGUUGAUGUUUCAUUUAACAUUAAUGUAGAGCUUGGAACAUAAAACUAUUCUUGCUGCAUUUUUUCUGACAUAGGUCAUGUUCUAUACUCCCAAUAUCCAUUUUUGCUAAAGAGCAAAAAUCAAUCUUUGGUUUUUCCUUUUUCUAUAGACAACGUUCGACACCGAUUACAUAGAAAUAGAUAAUUAAAUAUGAUUUUUACUCCAAAUUCUAUUUUUGCUGUCCAGCACAGAAAAAAAGCUGUGAAAUCAUAGGAUGGGAUCCAGAUCUGGACAUAUGCAGCUAAUCUGAGAGAAGAGGACAGUCUCCUCCUCCCAUAGCAGUCAGUGCAGCUCCCCAUUACACAGAGGCAUGUGCAACCCUGUUGAAUGGGGUGAGCUGUGCUGCAGGGGAAAAGAAGCAUUUCCUCAAACUGGACCAGGGCACUUCCUUUGUACCAAGAUCUGGAUCCAGCAUUCAGUUUUUAAGGACUGGUAUUGCUAUCCCUCUAGAAACAGACAGACAGACAAAAAGAAAGAAAAUAUAUUUAAAUUUGUAUAUGUCUGCUAUGUAAAAGUGGCAUUCACAUUUUCGGGAACCAUAUACGUACAAGUUGUAAGCUGAUUCUUGAUUCAGGUGUGUAGAUCUGUAUAUGUUGGAUUAAAUCUUACAUUUUUAAGUAUAAAGCCCAAUAGUUGUUUGAAUGUCUAGUUAACCAGGUAGAUGUUUUUGUUAACAAAUUAGCAACUAUUCCUCAAGCCUUUCAAAAAUGAAUGAUUAAGAUAAUUGCUCAAAUCUUGAACUGUUUUAGUAAUUAAUUAGAUAGAGAAAACUGUCACAUCAAAUAAAGGGAGUACAAAUUCUUCUGGUUCUUGUGCUGGUACUUAAAGUAGUAAAUUAUUAACUGAUGGUCAGUUUCCUAUUAAAAUAAUGCUCAUGUAAGAAUUCGCUAAAUCAAAGUCCUGCAUUUUUGGGAAAAAUUCCAAGUUAUGUUUAGGUGGAAUGCUUGUAGGAGCCCUGAGCAAAUGUUGUAACUAGUCUUGUUAUUUUCACAUAUCACUAACAGUGGAUCAGAUCUGAUUAAUUAAUGUUACAAACUGCGAAAAUAUAUUUGCAUAAAUUCUAUCGUUCAGAGUUAUUAGUUAUCAGAAGUAUGCUGAACAAACUCUAAAACCAAGGUUGUGAGAAAUUGUAGCUUUUGUGUUGCUACAUUUACAAAGAAUGAAUUCAUUUGGUGCUUAACUGAAGAGAUCCAUCCUCUGCUUGUUUUUUUUUAAUAGCCUUAAGUCACUCUGUAGUUGACUUCAUAUCCACAAUAAUGGAUAUUGAUAAUUAUUCUAGAUUGCCACAUUUCACUCUAACAUACAUUAACCAUGAGCCCUUUAUUUUUGUACCCUUACUAGAAAAAGAAGAAAUCUGUCUAUUGAUAAAUGGUGUGCAGACCAAUAGCAGUUGGAGUCUUAUAUUUGUGUAUUAUGGGUUUAUGUAAAACUUGGGUUUGAACGUUAAUGAGAUCUGUUAGCUUCUUGACACGAAUGACUGGAGAACUAACUGUUUAGGCUACUACAACUCUCAUAUUAAAGCAGUUGUAUUUCUUUGAUCUCUGUAACUGCUGUAUUUUUAUUUGGAAGAGGCUGACUGUUUUCAUUUUUUGGAUAUUCAGCUGCAAGAAACUAAAAAUAGCAGGAACAAGUUAAAUAGAAACAGCUUCAGAAUCAGAAUCAUUUGCCAACCCUUGAUAUAUAUAAGGAGAGGAACCAUGGAGCAUAAUGGUGGAGCACAAGCUUUGCAUUCCGAAGCGCCUAGAUUCAGUCUCUGGCAUCUCCAGUUAAUGUGACCCCAGAUAGCACAUGAUGUGAAAGAACCCUGUGGGGAUAAGGAAUAUGUGGCUGGAGACUGCAUGUCCAGUGAUGAGACAGCUGAUAGGAGCCUCAGCUCAGCAACGCAUGUUAUAGAGGACUGCAUAUUCAAUACUCCAAGAUUUAUGUCCAUUUUUGAUGAUAGUUCACUUUAAACAUUUAUUUGUCAUGCACUGUAAAACAUCCUGCUGGCUUUCCUUGCAUUAGUGCAUAGAUUGUUUCAGAAGGUGCUUAAAUCUUAAUUAAUGGUUUGCUCUCUAUGUUGAUCCUACAGAAUGAACAACACAAUGCACAUGAAAAGCUUACUUGAUUCACUUAACUAGUUUUCAAUUCGUGCUGAAACUUGUAAAUUUUACAGAAUCCUUCAUGUAUCAAUGUGUUUGCAGACCAAACACAAAAUAAAAUGAUAGAAUGGCA